AAACGCGUUCACAAAGUAACCGAGACUGAUAUAAACAAAAGUCAAAUGGCAGAAGAAACCUUGUUACAACCCCAUAAGUAUGUGGGAUUCGAUACCAUCACCACCCAGAUAGAGAACAGACUCUUAAAGAGAGGGUUCCAAUUCAAUAUCAUGAUGGUUGGUAGAAGUGGAUUGGGUAAGUCUACGUUGGUGAACAGCUUGUUCUCGUCUAACUUGGCCACUUCAAAUGGAAGACUUCAGGCCGAAGAACCCAUUGAGAAGACUGUGGAGGUCAAAGUCACUUCCCACAAGUUGGUAGAGAAUAACGUAAAGUUGAAUGUUAACGUUAUUGAUACUCCCGGGUUUGCAGAUCAAAUUAAUAACGAAAAAUGCUGGGAACCUUUGGUCAAAUACAUCAAGGAGCAACACUCUCAGUAUUUGAGAAAGGAAUUGACUGCCCAGAGAGAAAGAUACAUUAUUGACACCAGAGUUCAUUGUGUGUUAUACUUUAUUCCUCCCCACCACAGCAAAUUGAAGCCUUUGGAUGUCCAAGCCAUCAAGAAGUUACUGGAAAUUGCUAAUGUUAUACCAAUCAUCGCCAAGUCUGACUCGUUGACCUUGGAUGAGAGAUCUGCCUUGAAGAAGUCCUUGCAACAGGACUUUGCCAAGUACAACUUCAACUUGUACCCAUAUGAUAACGAAGAUUUAUUUGACGACGAAAGACAAUUGAAUGAGGAUAUCAAAUCUUUGAUUCCUUUUGCGGUUGUUGGUUCAAAUAAUGAAAUCAUUGUCAAUGGUGAGUCUUUUAAGGGAAGAAAGACCAAAUGGGGAACCAUCAAUAUUGAAGAUGUGAGCCAGUGUGAGUUUGUGUUUUUGAGAGAUUUCCUCACCAGAACUCAUUUACAAGAUUUGAUUGAAACGAGCAGUUUGAUCCAUUAUGAGAACUUCAGAUCCAAGCAGUUGAUUGCCUUGAAGGAAAAUGCCAACACUAACAGACAAUCGAAUAUCAACCAGAUCGAUUCAAAAAAUGGUGCUGUUAGUCAAAAGGCUUAGUAUAUUUAGUCAGACUCAAUAUAAAAUGUACCGGUGGAUACCGUAGAGUGGAAAUAUGGUAAAAAGUUGUUCUUAUGGGGGAUAAUAGAGUUAUAAAAAGAGGAUGCCGGUCCCAGGAAUCGAACCUGGGUCAUCUCUGCCACAAAGAGACGUACUGACCACUAUACUAGACCGG